GGGAGGGACACACCGAGCCGCCGAGGCGUGCCAUGUCGUCUCAUUAUUUCCACCUCUUCUUCCCUCUUUUCUCCUUAACGAUUUCGAGAAAACUAUCCAUGAAACUUCCAGCAGCCCAAUACCCUCACGUUUGAAGGCAAUCUUUUGUCGUCCGCCUACGCCAAGGCUUCUGUUCUGCCUUGGGCGCCUCAUCGCCGUUAACUACUCAGCGGAAUAUCUCAUAUAACUAAACUACUCUUGAUUGCCCAAUGACGACACGAACCAGGUACGGAGAAACAUCAGCUGGAAAACUACAAUUCGGGUCAUCGGACACCGAACCAAGCAAGCGCGGAAUGAUAUGGAUGGUUUGCACGAGUUCAACCAAGUUGAGAGUUAUCCAAGCUGAUAUGUGCGGUUACCGUAGUCGCGACAUAGGCGCGUGUUGUCACCAGUUGGUGGCUGCGCUGCACGGCGGAUCUCAAUGAAAAUGCCAAUAGCAAGAAAAAGAAAAUAUAUGAGAAAUUCUUUUUCAUCAUGCUGUCAACCCCUCUCUCACCCCGACAGUUACAGACCUUGUAGGGCGGCUGAGUUACGUACGUGGGUGUACGCUGAUGCGUACGAUUGAGGCUUACCGAGGCCGCACUUGUAGCUUUGCCUUGUCCUUGCGGUCAAGGAAAGUAAGGGGAAAUGACGAGAUGGGUGGGAACAGAGAUGGGAACUUUAACUGUCUCUGGGUUCUUCCGGAUGGAGUUGUAACUGGCCUCCCUGUCCCGCCCCGCAUUAUGCUGCAGGCAAAACCGCCUCAUAGUUCGUUGAAUAUUGAGGCCACAGUUCUCCCGGCUUAAAUCUGCCUGGCAAUUGGCUGGGUGAUCUGUUGCAAAAGCGCAUGGUAGUUUUUUCAAUGAGGCGGCGUCUCUAUGCACUGAUUGGCCUGUAGGCGAGCAUUGGCAACCUGUGCGGAAGAUGUUUUUGGCUCCCUGCAGCAAGUUCAUACCUGCUACCCCGACAUUUAGAACGCAUUCUCUUCGAUGUAACCCAGAAUGGAAAUGCGGCAGAUUCUAGGAAUAUUAACAAGCUUGCUGAUUUGAUGAUAUAUAGGGCGGCCAUGAGUGUUUAGGUCGGAACUCUCUUUGCUCUAACUACACCUUUGCAGGGAGGCAUCGGGUGGGGCACUCAACCCCAGAACUAUCUUCAUAACUACCCACGCAAAGGCCAACUAUAUUAGUUUCCGGUUCAAAUGUGUCGUUGCCUUUUAGGCCAAAUCCGUUGACGCUUGCAGAAUGGCUUGACCGUUGGCAAAAAUCGUCAAGAUCUCCCGCGCAUCAUGUGCGCCCUGGGACAAAUGCUAAAUUCAGUGCAAGGCGGGGGGGGGAAUGAGGUGGUAUGAAAAGGGCCUGUACGGACUUCAAAAUGAGUUCUGCAGCAAUUUUUAAGAAGGGGCUAUUGAAGCACGAUUCAGACUUUCCCUAAAAAUUAACCUCACAGAAUAUAUUUUACUUGCCUAACGUAAGGAUAUCCAGCAUGGGGUGGACUUCCUCCAGUUUUAAUAUCCAUCGAGUGCAAACUAGCAAGCAGCCUGCGCUCCUGGAAAAGACUCUUCCGAACUGGGCAAAAUAUGAGCUAAAGCAGGGAGCAGAAGUUGCAUCAGAGGCGAAAAGGUUUCGCCGCUCAAGAUCUCUCUCAAAAUCGUUGAAGAGAUGGUGGGAUCGCUGGCAACAAAUGCCCGCCACUGUCGAUUUUGAUCCAUCCGUUGAUACGGACGCGAAGGGAGAAAUUGAAUUAGCUGGCGAAUCAGGAAGAAAGCCAUUUUUUGUCCGGAAGGUAACUAUUCAGGGGUGGCAGGGUUACGGUCCUGUCAAAGAAAUGGUGCAUCUAAGGGAUGAAAGCAGACUCUCGGGGCCGAGUCCUGUGGAUUUUACGGGUUUCAAUGAGUGGUUCCAUAACGGCCAAUCUUAUCAGGAAGAAAUUUCAUUGGAAAUUCUACCAACGCCAGUCCUCAAACCAGGAAGAUUUUCCAGGACUAAAGAGUGGCUAACAAACCAUCGAAAUUCAUCUCGCGUGUCGUUUUUCUCCUCGAGCUUGUCUCCGUCAUCACAGCAGUCCUUCUUCCGCACACCGAAUACUCCCAAUUCCGCGUCGUCAUCUCGUGAUUCUCAUUCUUCCGAGUUGCCUGUUGACAUAUUUUGUGCGCUUCACGAACUUGCCGACACCAGCCCCGUCAAAGUAAGGCAAACACAAACGCCGUUGCAACAGACUAGGAUCUCUGUGGCCUCCGUCGCUCCCCAGUACUCAGUUCCUGAAGCCACCGAAUCCGAUCAGAAUGGCCUCCGGUGUGGGGCACAAGAAAGCUACACAAGCUCGAAGGUUGAACCACAAAUAUACCAAUUCUCUCCUAUAUCAUCUGUGGACGGUUGUGCAUCUCCGCCCUUGAAAGGGGCUACUGAUUUUGACAAUGAACAUUCGCUUAAUGAAGGAGAUCCCCAGCAGCUGACGGAGCUGUCGCCGUUGGUGGAUCAGCCACCCAUGUACCAGGUAACGGCGAUGACUCCUAACACUGAGGUUCUAGCUUUCCAUGGCUUUCAGAAGGGUGAUUCCGCGGAAAUUCAGCUUCCUGAUCCGGGCCCAAUCUUUGACUUGCCUCUUCAGGAAAACAGUAUCUAUCAGAGUCAUCGACAGACCGCAAAUUAUUCGAACAAUGAAAACGGAGGGUCUUAUCUAGGGGACGGAACACGGGAUUCCUCAUUCCAGUCUUCUGCCCUUGGGAAUGGAGGAGAUGGGUGCGGGACUGAGGGACAUGGGAAUUGCGACGAGAGCGAAAAUAACUCCCGAGAGGAAGACGAUGACGGCAACAACCGUAAAAGGAAACGGUUCAAACGCGCGGAUCCUGGACGCACUAGACGCCAAUUCGCGUGUGUCUAUCAUAAGUACGACCCACAAACGUAUCAUGGAGACCAUCAUCGAAAGUAUUUGUUAUGUUCUGGGACCAGUUUCAAAUUCAUUUCAGAACUCACUCGACACCUUUGUCGAGUUCAUGGCGAGCAUGUUUGCCCGCAUUGUUAUAGAACCUUCAGAAAUAAAACACUCCGAGCCAAUCAUGCUCAAAAUUGCACUGUCAAGCUUCGUUGUUCUCAAGAAGAUAAAUGGGCCGCUUUGUGGCGAGAGAGAUUCAAAGGCGUCGAUAUGCCACAAUCUCCAUGUUAGUCUAAUUCUCUCAUGGGUUUACUAUGUUUUUUCCUUAUGUAACUAGUGUACAACAAAACUUCAUUCGGAUAUUCAGAAAUAAACUAUUGGCAAGAGUACUAAUGUAGUAUAGAUUGGGAACCAUCGUCUGGACCCCGAUUGGCCCGGUUGAAUACUCGCACGGAGGGAUUCCCCCAACAACAGUGGACAGAUGCUUCAGGAUCAGCAACCACAUACAACCCUUCACCAUGCAGUUCAGGGUCUUCGACUAUGCACCCCCACUACGUUGGUGAUUUGCGACAGAAUCCCAAUGAAAAUGCACUCAUGGCACAGCUGCAGUCGACGACUGCAAUACAGAGAAUUUCCAUAGCGGCUCUUACAACUGAGAGAGACGCCCUUAGGAAGCAAGUCCCGUGUUUAGGACAGCAACAACUUUGGUGCUCUACUUGCAAUAAUAUUACCACCAAUUUCCCAGUUGGCUCACUGAUAUCACCUACCACUACCAAUAAUUCACCGAAUGGAGCCCUCUCGAGCCAGAGUUUCACCCUGAGUAAUGUCCAACACCCCGGGGGAACUACAACUUUUAAUACCAACUUAGGUCAGCCUACGCCUUCUACUACUCCAAUCAAAGAAAGAGCUAGAAGUUCUAUAUUGAAACCUCCUGCUACAAUGGUCGUCGAUACAUAUGCCCAACAAGCUGAUCCGCCAGCAAGCAUAGCGGUACCGCAAAUAUCCGAACCAGUAUUUCAACAGGAAGAGCAUCAAUCGUUCAGUUUGCCAGAACUUGAUACAAAUAUGAAUUUCGGCUUCGAUUGGGACGAAAUACAAUCAUCUGUGGGCUAUCUUUGAAAUUGGAACAGGUAGUAUUCUAGAGAAGUUCUUUAGUAGAAUAACUUCAUAGCCUUUAUGUUGCCUGUGGAUCACAUGUUAUAUGUCAUCCAAAGUGUAUUCUUUCUCCUUUUAUUUCUUUUUUCAUCAUUCUCAAAGUGUUCACUUGUGUAUGCAAAGAGGUGCUGUGCACCUUUAACUUUUGAAAGCUGGUACUUGAUUUCCCGGUGGAAAAUGUUAAUGCAUUAAGGCUCAGGGAAUUGAUUAUUCAGGCGCAGCAGUUUACAGAAAUGGGGGUUUUUUUUUUUUUUUCUUUCUGCAUCAUCUCUUUUU